AUGUGUUAUGUCUCCAUCAAUUUGAAACUGGCGUAUAGCCACCCUGAUAGGACUUUCAAGCUCAAUGAACAGCAAAACUGCGCUUCUCAUAAUACCCUCAGCCUCCCAGGAAAGACUGAGGCAAGAAGUGGGCCUCAGGCAGCCUACUGCCCUACUCAGCUGGGCAGUGGCAGAGCAACUCCUCGUCCUUGUGUCUUCCCAUUUAUAUAUAAGCAGAAAAGCUACUCUUCUUGCACCAAAGAUGGUGCGAUUGAUCUGAAGCUGUGGUGUGCCACAACGGCAAAUUUUGACAGAGAUCGUCAAUGGAAGCAUUGUGCUCCUUACGAAUAUGGAGGUAAUUCUGGUGGGCAAAACUGCACCUUUCCCUUUGCCUACAAGAAACGGACAUUCUAUACCUGCACCAGUGAAGAUGCGUUGUACGGGAGGUUCUGGUGUGCCACCACGGGGAGCUACGAAAAAGAUAGGAGAUGGAGCUACUGUGCUGACACCAGAUUAGCUGCAAAUUCUCAAGGACCUUGUAUUUUUCCUUUCAUCUACAACUUCAAGUCCUACUCAACUUGCACAACAGACGGAGAAGCUUCUGGGCGGCUCUGGUGUUCUCUCAGCAGCAACUAUGAUAUAGAUUCCAAACGGGCAUAUUGUGAGCCCUCAGAAUCUCGUCCUUGCAUCUUUCCCUUCAUUUACAAGUCAAAAUCCUACUCGGCAUGUACCACAGAGGGAUCUGCUGAAGGACAAUUGUGGUGUGCCACAACAGCUAACUAUGACAAAGACAGUAAAUGGAAACUGUGUUCCCUUCAAGAAUAUGAAGGAAGUUCCAAAGGUGGACCCUGUGUUUUCCCUUUUGUUGCAGAAAAACAGACAUUCUACACCUGUACCAAUGAACCUGCUAAGAACCAGAGGUACUGGUGUUCUACCACGGGAAGCUACGACAAGGACAAGAAAUGGAGCUACUGUGCUGAUACAAGAUUAGAUGCAAGCCCCAAGGGACCAUGUGUCUUCCCUUUUAUCUACAACGGCACAUCCUACUCAACCUGCACAAAAGAUGGGGAAGCCAAAGGAAGGUUGUGGUGCUCUCUCACGAACAACUAUGAUGUGGAUCUCAGGCGAACAUACUGUGAUCCAUCAGAAUCCCUUCCUUGUCGUUUCCCUUUCGUUUGGGGAGGGAUCUCCUACUCUGGAUGCACGAAAGAGGGAUCCACUGAUGGCCAACUAUGGUGUGCCACAACUGCUAACUAUGACAAAGAUACUAAAUGGAAAGCCUGCGCCCUCCAAGAGUAUGAAGGAAGCUCUGGAGGCCAGCCUUGUGUUUUCCCCUUUAUCUACAAAAACCAGACCUUCUACACCUGCACUAAUGAGACCUCAAAGGAUGGAAGAUUCUGGUGUGCUACAACUGAGAACUAUGACAAAGACCAAUUGUGGAGCUACUGUGCUGACACAAGUAAGACGAGUGGAGCUGUUAUGUUAACAGACAAUGCUAAACCCAAAGGGCCAUGCACCUUUCCUUUCAUCUACAAAAGAAAAACCUACUCAACAUGCAUAACAGAAGAUGAAAUCACUGGGAAACUGUGGUGCUCUCUGACCAGUAACUAUGAUGUGGAUCGCAAAUGGACAUACUUUUUGUCUGAAGCUGGCCCUGAGUCUGCCACUGCCCAAGCAGGGAUGGUACCUCAUCCCAAAAAGGGUGGGGUCUCUUUGAAUGAACCAGUGGAUUUCAGACUGAGCGCAGUGAUGGCUUCUUCUUUUAUUUUCUUCAUUUGGGCAUUUCUGCUACUUUCUGCUGCAUGUCAAGAGCCUCCCCCCUGUGUCUUUCCCUUCAUUUAUAGGGGCAUGUAUUACCCUUCAUGUACCACUGAGGGUACUGGCCAGGGUCGGCCAUGGUGUGCCACAACUGAAAAUUAUGAUCGAGAUCGCCAAUGGAGGCCGUGUGCUGUGACUGAAUAUGGAGGCAAUACCAAUGGACAGCCAUGUGUCUUUCCCUACCUAUAUUUGGGCCGUGCUUAUUAUACGUGCAACACAAAAUUUUCUAGAGGACGUUUCUGGUGUUCUACAACAGGAAGCUAUGAUAAAGACAAACGGUGGAGCUUCUGCGCUGAUACCAGGCUAGGUGCAAAUUACCCUACACAACCAUGUGCUCCUACUUUCACCUAUGAUGGCAAGCUUUACUCAGGCUGUACCACGGCUGGGAGGACCGAUGGGAAGCUCUGGUGCUCCCUCUCCAGCAACUAUGAAGUGGAUCCCAGAGGACUAUUCUGUGAGCCCUCAGAACCUGUUCCCUGCUAUUUCCCCUUUGUGUACAAGAACAAAUCCUACUAUUCCUGCAUCAGAGAAGGGCCAUUAAAGACACAGCUCUGGUGUGCCACAACACCAAAUUAUGACACGGAUAGCCGAUGGAAAGCAUGUUCUUCACAAGAAUACGGAGGGAACUCUAAUGGCCAGCCUUGUGUCUUCCCCUUCACCUACAAGAACCAGACAUUUGAAACCUGCACAAAUGUGGAUGAGAUGACUGGAAACUUCUGGUGUGCCACUACAGAGAACUAUGACCGGGACCAAAAAUGGAGCUUCUGUCCUGACACCAAUCUGGGAAGUGCUCGCCCUCCAUUGGCAGAGUGUGUCUUUCCUUUCAUCUACCGUGGCAAGUCUUACUCAGAUUGUACAGAAGAGGAUUCAGUUUCUUGGAAGCCCUGGUGUUCUCUCACCAGUAACUACGAUACAGAUCGGAAGUGGAAGUACUGUGAGCCUACAGAUUUGCAAAACCAAAAUGCAACUCUGAGCAAAGGAGUAGUGGAGACUUAACAAAUAUCAGCAAGACAACCCAUGUGUUUGAUGAACAUAAAAUGACCGUUUCUUCAGCCUUUCUCAGCUGUGUUCCUUGGACUUGCUCCAUGCCUAUCCUAUGCCAUCUGCUAUAUAAAUAUUGUGAAACUAAAUCCAUUUGAUUCUGUCUGCAGAUUACCAAAACAAUCAACCAAUUUCCUAGGUAUAUGAGACUCCCACAAUUUAAACAACUAAGAACAAAGCCUUUUAGACCAGUGGCCAUUACUGUUUACUCUUUGCCUUGGACUCCACUUUAGCCCAGAUCUCUGCAGAUUCUUCACCCUCAACAGAGUACUUCAGAAACACCUAUGGUGCCUUCCUACCUUCUCUAUUCUGUUUUACUUCCAUGGAGAGUGCUAUGUGCUGAAACAAACUACUGCCUUCCUUCUCUGGUCAGCUAUGUAGACCCUUGGUUUGUACCAGGGGUGAAUAACAAGGGUCUGGCCACCCACAUGUGCCCCAUGAUCCUCUCCCCUCCUUUCAUUCCUUACUAUUUUUCAAGACCACAACCAUAUCCACCAUUUGAAGAACCAUGUUGCACAAAUUUGGUGGCACAGCAACCCCUCUUCCCUUCCCCUCCCUGAAGCUAAGGUGAUUUUCUGGAAUGAUCCACCAUAGCAUGGAGAGGUACCAUGGCACGUCCUUGUAUCAUAGAAAGCCAGGGCAAUAACUGUUAAAUUUUGAUCAAUUUGCUUUGACUCCAGAAGUUGUGGUAGUGUGAGCUGCCAGAUAUUGGUAGCAGAAACAGUGGUGGUGAAGCCCCUUAUGCAACCUCAGGGGGGAUGUCCAAAUGUUCAGAAAUGGUUUCCAGUCUCUAUGGUUCAGCAGAAGGACUAAUGAAGGGGACGAAGUGGUGCCUGGUGAAGUUUCCAAAUCUAGGGUAGGGUGAAUGUGCCAGUUAGCAGUGCGGGCAAGGGAUGAUCCCAUACUAAGAACAUCCCUCCAUUACCCAUAGUUCUUAUUCUUUCUCUUGUUUAUCAGCACAAACAAUUUGAAGGAAAAAGAGCAGAAUACUGUAUAUGGCUCAAAUCUGAAACAUUCCAAUUUCACUGGAAAAAAGUGAUGCUGUAGUUUCAUUUGGCUUGAGUCAGCAUGAGGCUGCUUUGUCCUGAUGCCAGUUCAACGGACUCGUUUCCCCGUUGUUGUUCCUUGCAGUUUGAUAUUGACACAAGAUAAAUGAUAUUAACUUUUGUACAAACAAGAUACAAAUUUCUGGUGAUUGUUAUGGUGAAUGAGUGGCACAGACGCUCUAACUGCAUUCUUGUUUAAUAUAAUAAUAGUAAUAGUUGGACGAGCUUUUAAAACAGUCAAAGAAAUGAUGAUUGCUAACCAUCUCAUACAUGGAGAAUGGAAAUUCCUGCCUUCUUCUCUUUGUAGAGAGGAAGAAACUGAUCACAUGUUUUGCCUUCAUCCUAAAUAAAGUCUAUCUUUGCAA